GGACAGAUGCUUCUUCCUGCUCCUAACUUCUUAUAGGCUGGGAGGGAGGACAGGGUCCUUACAAACUUUAUAUUGUCCUGACAAAGUCUAUAGAAAGAGAAAAGGAGGGCAGAGAUCUCAAAGUGGAAAACAGCUGAUGGAUUGUUUCUUUCCCUAACCCCAGUUUACAGAACUCUGAAUAUACUUUGUUGCAAUUUGCUUUAGCUGUAUGGAUUAUGGGAUUCUAAUCAUGACUGAGAUAGCUGGUCAGCUUCCCUGGAUUUCGCUGACGACACAGGAAAGCUUUGCCUGAAGAUGGAAACACUGGAGUCGGAACUGACCUGCCCUAUCUGUCUAGAGUUGUUUGAAGACCCACUGCUACUGCCUUGCGCUCACAGCCUCUGUUUCAACUGUGCGCAUCGCAUCCUGGUCUCCCACUGUGCCAACAACGAAUCAGUAGAAUCUAUUAACGCCUUCCAGUGCCCCACCUGCCGUUAUGUCAUCACACUCAGCAAGCGUGGCUUAGACGGACUCAAGCGGAACGUGACUCUGCAGAACAUCAUCGACAGAUUUCAGAAAGCAUCUGUGAGUGUGCCCAAUUCCCCUGGUGAAACGCGACGAGAAAGGGCUUACGACACCAAUAACAGCAUGACAUCCAGCGAGAAAGUCCCCUGUCAGUUCUGUGACCAGGACCAGGCUAGGGAGGCCGUCAAAACCUGUGUGACUUGUGAAGUGUCCUACUGCGAGGACUGUUUGAAGGCAACACACCCAAACAAGAAGCCAUUUACUGGCCACCGUUUAAUCGAGCCCAUCCCUGACUCACACAUUCGAGGGUUAAUGUGUCUGGAGCACGAGGAUGAAAAAGUGAAUAUGUAUUGUGUUACAGAUGAUCAACUAAUUUGUGCCUUGUGUAAACUGGUUGGACGACACCGAGAUCAUCAGGUGGCAGCACUUGGUGAUAGAUAUGACAAGCUGAAGCAAAGCCUCGAAAGCAACCUAGCAAGUCUCAUCAAGAGAAACACUGAGAUGGAAAUGCUGUUGGCCAAGCUUAUUCAGACCUGUCAACAUGUAGAGGUUAAUGCAUCCAGGCAAGAAGCCAAACUAAUGGAAGAGAGUGACCAGCUCAUUGAAAUUAUUCAGCAGAGAAGACAGAUUAUUGGAACGAAAAUUAAGGAGGGAAAGGUGGUGAGGUUGAGAAAAUUGGCGCAACAGAUAGGAAACUGCAAGCAAUGCAUAGAACGCUCUACCUCACUCAUUUCGCAGGCAGAGCAAUCUUUAAAGGAGAAUGAUCAUGCUCGCUUUCUACAGUCGGCCAAGAGCAUCACAGAAAGGGUCUCGAUGGCAACAGCAUCCUCUCAAGUGCUUAUUCCAGAAAUCAACCUAAAUGAUACAUUUGACACAUUUGCAUUAGAUUUCUCCAGAGAGAAGAAAAUGUUAGAAUGUCUUGAUUAUCUCACAGCGCCCAAUCCUCCGGUUAUCAGGGAGGAGCUCUGCACGGCAUCAUAUGACACUAUUACCGUUCAUUGGACUUCUGAUGAUGAAUUCAGUGUCGUUUCGUAUGAACUGCAGUAUACAAUCUUUACAGGACAAGCAAACGUAGUUAGUUUGUGUAAUUCUGCCGACAGCUGGAUGAUUGUUCCAAAUAUUAAACAAAACCACUACACAGUGCAUGGUCUUCAGAGUGGGACAAAAUAUAUCUUCAUCGUUAAGGCAAUUAACCAGGCUGGAAGUCGAAACAGUGAUCCCGGCAAGCUAAAGACAAACAGUCAGCCUUUUAAACUGGAUCCCAAAUCCGCACACAGGAAAUUGAAGGUGUCACAUGACAAUCUAACAGUAGAAAGGGACGAAACCUCUUCCAAAAAGAGCCAUACACCAGAACGGUUUACAAGUCAAGGGAGUUAUGGUGUCGCUGGCAACGUCUUCUUGGACAGCGGCCGCCAUUAUUGGGAAGUGGUUAUAAGUGGAAGCACCUGGUAUGCUGUUGGUAUUGCUUACAAAUCUGCUCCUAAGCAUGAAUGGAUAGGAAAAAAUUCUGCGUCGUGGGUGUUUUGCCGCUGUAACAACAAUUGGGCGGUGAGGCACAACAGCAAAGAAAUUCCAAUAGAGCCCUCUCCGCACCUUCGCCGAAUUGGGAUUUUGCUAGACUACGAUAAUGGGUCGCUAUCCUUCUAUGAUGCGUUGAACUCCAUUCACCUUUACACUUUUGACAUUGCGUUUGCACAACCCGUGUGCCCCACUCUCACAGUGUGGAAUAAAUGUUUAACGAUUUUAACGGGGCUUCCUAUUCCCGAUCACUUGGACUGCAUAGAGCAGAUGGCAUAAACACCACCACGUUGGAUCCCUUCCCAACAAAAAAAAAUAAAAUAAUCAAAGCAAGUCAGAGAACUCAUUAUUGUUAUAUAUUUUUUUUUCUUUAAAAAAAAAAAAAAGGAUUUUUUAACUUGCAGGAAAAAAAAGUCAACAAAAGUUUAUGUUGUCUGACAUUUAUUUCCAGAUCAAUGAAAUACUUUACAGGACGGUUUAUGCAUUAUUUAUGGAUUGCUUUUAAUUACAAUUUGUUUGGUUUUGCACAUUGAUUGAUCAUUGCUAUAGCUAUAAAUGUCUCAGUGUGAUUUUUACUUUAUUAAAAGGGAUUAAAUGUCAUGUCGCACGAUCUGCCAGGGUAGAAAAUAGUCAGUCAUAAUCGUUCUCCACGGCUCUUUCAUGCUCUGGGCUGUUGGGCUCAUUAAAUGUGGAGUCUCACUUAACAAGGUUAGCAAACAUUGAAAUGUUCUGUGAAUGCAGUUUUGUUUUUCAUGGAGACAGCUUGUGUGGAGUUUCUUCUACACGUGUUUCCUAAUUAGGAAUAAAAAACUAUGUUUGCCAGUAUAUAUAUGUCAUAGUCAUAUAAUGGUUAAUGGAUUUUUUAAUCAGUUUCAUAAUCGGAGGACAUGCUGUGUAGGAGUGCAACAGACUGAUUAGGGAGCAGAGUUAUUGAAGCUAUUGUAAACACUAUAGAAUGCCGAGAUUCCACAUUUUAAAUAAAAAUACAAAAUACGUGACAAGUCGAGAAAUACUGAGAGGCCCCAAGUAUUGGAAUGCCAAAAUAUUAGUCCUACCCAUGACUUGCCUAAUGCUACUUAUACCUUAUAAUGUUUGCUUAUCUAUGUCAACAUCUUCACUUGUACCUGUUUGUUGCUUUUAGAGCAUUUGUGUUAUUAGUUUCUGAUUGCAAGGUAUCACACUGGCUGUUUUUAAUCUGUCAUUCAAUAAUUCUAAACUACGUUGUUGUCAGAAAAGUAUAUUGGCAGUUUUAUCAGGGACACUUGUCGAGAAGUCGUAUGGAUUCACACGGAUUACAACCUCAAAGUAUGUAUUUGAUAUGCAUCUGGAUAAAUCAGCAGUGUAUUCACCCUAAAGGCAGAGCGCUAUGGAAUUUGGAAUUUAAUAUAGAUGUUCGGCUAUCUUUACACUACUCCUAGCUAUAAGUCAUAUGGAAAUGUAAAUAUGGGGAGUGAUAAAAGUGGCGCUUUUACAACACAUUAGUAUCUGCUUACGUUUUAAAAAAGAUUCAUGUCAGAUGUACACCAGAUGUUUCCAAAUAAAAAAGUGACUUGUUAUUUGGGGUUGGUUAUUUUCAUGAAAUUUCUAUAAAAAUAGGUGCUGAAAUGCACCAUUUGUUAGAUCACUUUAUUUAACUAUAAUUGUUUGCCAUCCUGAAUCUGGACUUAUCGUCUCAGUAUGAAAAAUAGAAAAUUGUAAAAUGUAAACACGUGCCCCAUUUUAAUGUCAUUAAUUAUAAAUCCAAUUUAGACAUUGCUACAGGUCCAAAGAUAACAAAUAUCAAGUCUUAGUGUUGGAUCGUAAUACUUAACAGGCCCAAUUCAUACAUAAUCCAUCAGAAUAGAAUUCAGGAAGUUAAAUAGUUAAAACUCCUCAGACUAACCGUUUUUUUCCUCUUUUAAUUUCUUAAAUCUGUGAAAAUAUUAGCCCAUUAUCUAGUGAGAGUGCACAUAUUGAGAACAUAUUUUCUGUACUCUAACAGUAAAUUCUUUGGUAAUGUACCGUGGUACCAAUCUAUUUUUCAUAAGCUUGAAAUGUUUUCAUAUAUUAGAAAAAUAAGCAGGGUGGGUAGCAAAGCGAACACGAACAAUGGCGUAACUGCGUUACGAAGUUCCUUGCAUUGAUUCAGAGAAGCAUUGUCAAACGUUGACCUGCUCUGAUGUUUUAUGAAAAUGCAGUAGGUAUCAGUCAACCUUUCCAGUACAGGAACAAUGAAUCUUGAGUGCAAUAGCGUGAUUACAUUCGAUAAUGCACACAUAACAAGUGUAUUCAACAGAACGCUCAUUAAUAAUGCAAGCAAUGUAGUGGUGUUUCAGCAACACAUUCAAUGAAAGGGUCAGUGAUGUUACGUUGAUACAAAUUUAUCAUGACAACCUCAAGAGUGGUAUCUCUGCGGUUUUAGAUAGUGAACAAAUGUUCUGUUGCUUAUAGGAUAAAUACAGGAGGAUGUAAGUUGUAUUGCUGUGUAGGUGUAGCCAAAUUAACCAUGAAGCUGGUGUUUAGCAGAUAGGCACGGUUCUUUGCAUAAUAUACUUGGCCAUGCAAUGCUGGAUACAUCAUCCCAAUAAGAGUUAAGGGGGUACCCAAACUGGUAGCCUGCUUAAGGCCAUGUGAGAUCUUAAUGCUUCUCCGUAUGUUGUGUAUAGUUAUCACUGGUCAUUGUCUGAAUGACUGUUAUUUUUACUACAGAUUGGGUCUUGUGGGUCAUUUUUGCUGAAAUAAAAAUUUUAGUGGUAUCAGUAUGUAUGGCUUGGGUAGAGGUUUAAAGAUAUAGAAAAUCCAACUGUUUGGUCGGUAAUCAUCAUUUUGGUUAAGAAAACAUAAUUUUCCUUUGAAAAUCCAUCUGACCAAUUUCGGUAAAUUAAAAUACGUACCGGGUACAAUGUAGAAAGUCAACACAAUAUCCAGUAAAACUGUGAUCUUUUUAUAUCAUAUGGUAUGAAAAAUAGUUAUCACCAAUUAACCCUUCCACCUGAAUAAAUAAAUUAAUUGUAUUUGUAUUAUAUUAUAUAAUCAUUUGACACAUGAGACAUUUUUAACAAGAGUACAAGACUCCACUUCAUGUGAUGUUAUUACAAAAAUAAAUACAUUAAAAAAUCUGUACAUAAGAUGUAGUGUCUCCCUUGCAAUUCUUUGGGACACCCCAUACAAAGAAAAUCAGAACUCGUAGAUAAGAGUUCCAGUCAAUUCCUGCAUUGACAGCCGGAAGCUCCUCCAUGAUACUUCCAUUAGGUCUCCUGAGUUAAGCCAGUUCAUAGUACCAGCUGGCCGCACUUAGCCAAUGAGCUGUGCCCUACACUGCCAGCUUAGCUUGAUGCACUCCAGAGCUUCUGACUCUCAUUCUGGUGUUCACUGGUGUCCUGGCGGGGCUCCAGAGACUCCUGGUAUCUUAACCACAGUGCACUGUAGUGGUUAUGGAGCUUGGGCCUAACUAAAUAGGGUAAAAAAGACAUUAGAAAACAAAUGAUUUGGUCACCAUUGUGGGCAGUUCGCAUCAACUGGUUGACUUGGAGUUUAGGAAAAUAGGGUCAAAUGAGCAAAUAUUAAUUAUUAAUGAUGGGGUUUAUUCACUAGAUUACAAAUUGUAGCGAAUUGUAAUCUAAAAUGCAAAAUUUAGACUAAAAUAACCACUGUGCCUACAACAUAUUUGGAUAAUUUUUUCAAAACCACUAUUUUAGUCUAAAUAUUUCAAUUCAGUUUUCAGUUCAUCACACUUGGGCAUUUAGUGAGCAAACCCUAAUGUGUGUGCAGUUGUACAUACAUUUUGGAAGUACCCACACUGUCUAUGCCUUCAGCAUUGGCGAUACAUCUUGGAUACUUAAUAACAAGACAGAUGUUUAGUAAAUAUUAACAAAAAGAAAAAAAGUAAAUUACAAAAUAUAUACCCAUUGUAAGGAACAAAUUAUUACGGUUUGGAAUGUAGAACUUCGUACAUUGUCUUGAUGCACUUUAAAUAUUCAGCCAACAGCAAGACACUAAGAAAUAGUUUGAGAGAGAUGGGUGAAAGAAAGACCAAUGUACUCCUUGUUAUCAGAUAUGUACUGCUGAAAAUGAUUAGCAUUAAACUCUGUCACCUAGUUUCUCACUGUUAAAAGGUUACUGCCAGCACUAUAACCACUUCAUCUUGCUGACUAUACAAGGACUCUGUCUGUGCAGCAUCUUGUCCUCAAUUUCUGCCACAUCUAAUAUUAAAGGACCACU